AUGCCAAAUAUCAAGUAAUUCAUUUCAAGAACAAAGUUCUUGAUCUCCUCGAAAUAUUUAUACGAAAACAACCAUCAAAUCCGCUUGUAUUCAAUCUUAUACUUCCACUUCUUGAUGUUGCUCUAAAAACUAAUUCCUCGUCUGACCAAGUCGCCAAUAAAGCCAGAGGGUUACUGGUUAAUAAAUUGUGCAAGUCUAAAAAAUAUCCAGAAGCAUUCACUUUAGAUGACGAAGAUCAUAGUGAAGAAGAUGAUAAGCCUGUAUUGGAGAUAUUGAAAGAAGUUCAUCAAUUGGCAAAAAAAGCUUCAUCGAAUCUUAUUCUUGAAGCGUGUAGCAAUCUUUGCGGAUAUCUCGCUAAAGCUUUAAUACGAUAUUACGAAAACCUCACCAAUUCAAAAACAUCUAAAAAUACCCAACCUUCGUCACAAUUAUAUUCAAAAAUUAUAGAGAUUUAUCGUGAGUCAUUAAAUGAUUUUAUGAUUAGAAAAAAGUCUCGUCUCAACACAGGAUUUUUUUACGAGUUGACGCGGUUUCCCGAGGUUUCUUGGCUCUUAAUCGAUGAUUUGCUUGAGUUUACGACACAUCCGGAGAAAGUUCAAAAUGUGUUUCGAUUUGUUCAGUCAUAUGAAAUGACAAGCAAAUUUGUUAAAGUAUUGAUAGCGAAGAAAUCAAGCGAUCAUGACCAAAUAUUACUCGACUUUGUACCCAAAUAUGAAAAAUCCCUUUUACGAACAUUUGAUUACAUUUUAUCAUCUUCCUCCUAUGCUGAAAAAGACAACGCUUCUAAUGAUAGAGACAACGGGGAAGAGGAACAAGAUAAAAGUAAAUCUCAACCAAGUUCACAACCAAGAACACCAACAAAUUCUUCAAUAUGGCAAACCAAAUCGACCAAUUCUCUAGAGCAGGCUCUGGUGUCUAUUAGAGAUCGUUCGUGCUACAAGUCUUCGAGUGCUGUUAAAGAUUUGGUUAAUCAUUUAUUAAAAAAUAUUCGAUCGAAUUGA